AUGUAUUCAAAUCAACCACCACCUAUUUAUACAACUCGACAUUAUAUUCAUGAUCCUCAAUCGAAUUCAACAAAUAAUUAUAGUCCAUCAUAUGAUCCAUCACGUCCAUCUGCUCAAUCAUAUCCGUAUUAUAAUAAUAAUCAACAACCAGCAAGUGUAACAUAUAUUAAUGAUAGACAAAAUUAUGGACAACAAUCAACACCAUAUGUUCCACCAAAUACAAAUCGUUAUCCAUCACCAAAUAAUUAUAAUCGAAAUAAUAAUAUUCGUCCAGCUGGUGGUGGAGGUUCUAUUGAAAAAACAAAUGCUAUGUCAAAUGAAAAUCCAUUUUAUGCUUCAUCUCGUCCCUAUGAACAAAAUAAUACACCACGUACAAUAACAUCCAUAACAUCUCCACCAAAAAGUGGUGCUGGACUGAAUAAAACAUUAAAUCUUUCUGAUGAAAAUCCAUUUCAUACUAUUUAUGGUGGAUAUCAUUAUCCAUCACAAAUUGAUCCAUCAAAACGGAUAACAACUCAAAAUUCAGCUAACCGUUCAACAGAAAAUAAAUCAUUAAAUUUAUCCGAUGAAAGUCCAUUUUAUUCAACAUAUGGACGUUAUCAUUAUCCAUCACAAAUUGAUCCACAAAAACGUAUUACAGAAAUGCCAAAAGCAGCUGCACCAUUAAUGUCAACAAAUGAAAUGUCGAAUGAUAAUCCAUUUAAUAAUUAUCGACCACCAUCAUUUCAAAAUUAUUUAAAUAAUAAUACUGUACCAAAUUCAUAUUCAACAUCGAAUGUUGAUUGGAAUAGAAAUAAUAAUAAUCCACCACCACUUUCAUAUCGACCUAUUGAAGUACAAAGACCACUACAAAAUUAUUAUAAUCAACAACAAUCAUCAUCUAUUAGAGCUCCAAGUCCACCCUCACCACCACCACCACCGCCACCGCCAGCACCGGCUCCAACACGUGUACCAGCUCAAAAACCAAAUUCUUCUACUCCCUUAGAUAAAACAUCAUUAAAUAUGAGUCCUGAUAAUCCAUUUGCAGAAACUUAUGGUCAAUAUCAUUAUCCAUCAUCAGAAGAAAUUAAAGUUCAAAAACGUAAUAAUCGUUUUACAGAACAACAACAACAACAACAACAACAACAACCCGUUCGUACUAAUACUAAUACUAAUAACAAUCGACCAGUACAACCAACAAAUCAAAUGACUGAAUAUCCCGAAACAGAACAGAAAGAAACUAUUUCAGGAAAAGGAAAUACGAAAUUUUCUCGUUUUGAUGUUAAUUUUUGA